CGAAGGGACAGAAAAUCCAGAAAGGUUUACAUCUCGAAGCUCCGUGCUUCGGCACUUCCUGGAUGUUUUGUCACCUGACUUGUUUCUUUGCGCUUUCCGAACUGCAAUGGGUCUUCAUUCACUGCAAAUAAUCUUACUUCUACUCCUGGGUUUUUUAUGCUGUUGCUGGUCACAGGUGCCCAGAAAUGGGUCAACUCCAAAUAUUAUCAUUAUGCUUAUGGAUGACAUGGGAUGGGGCGAUUUGGGGGUGUUCGGCCAGCCGUCGAAGGAGACCCCAAACCUGGACCGCAUGGCCGCCGAGGGGAUGGUGUUCCCCAACUUCUACGCAGGGAACCCCCUCUGCUCCCCAUCAAGAGCUGCGCUGUUAACGGGUCGGUUGCCUGUCCGGAAUGGGUUCUACACCACCAACGCCCACGCCAGAAACGCGUACACUCCUCAGGAGAUGGUGGGAGGCAUCUCCGACGACGAGAUCCUGCUCCCACAGAUGCUGAAGAAGAUGGGCUAUGUCAACAAGAUUGUGGGAAAAUGGCACCUGGGCCAUCGGCCUCUUCACCUGCCCCUGGAGCAUGGCUUUGAUGAGUGGUUUGGGGCCCCAAACUGCCACUUUGGGCCCUACAACAGCAGCCAGAGGCCCAACAUCCCUGUCUACAACAACUCUGAGAUGGUGGGAAGGUACUACGAAGAGUUUGGGAUCAACAGAAAAACCGGGGAGUCUAACCUCACACAGAUCUACCUUCAGGAGGGCCUGGAGUUCGUCCGCGCCCAGGUGUCCGGCGGGCGGCCGUUCCUCCUGUACUGGGCGGUGGACGCGACCCACGCCCCGGUCUACGCCUCGCAACGCUUCCUGGGGCGGAGUCAGAGAGGGCGCUAUGGCGACGCAGUGAUGGAGUUGGACGACAGCGUGGGGGUGAUGCUGAAGGAGUUGAAGAGGCUCCACGUUGCCAAGGAGACCUUUGUGUUCUUCACCUCCGACAACGGGGCUGCUGUGAUGUCAGGGCCCAAACAGAGCGGGAGUAACGGGCCCUUCCUGUGUGGGAAGGAAACCACCUUCGAGGGGGGGAUGAGGGAGCCAGCCAUCGCCUGGUGGCCUGGACACAUCCCAGCAGGAACGGUGAGUCAGCAGUUGGGGAGUGUGAUGGACCUGUUCAGCACCAGCCUCUCCCUGGCAGGGCUGUCUGCUCCGGAUGACCGCGUCAUCGAUGGGCUGGACCUCACGCCUGUUCUCCUCAAAAACUCCCUCAUCGACAGGCCCAUCUUCUAUUACCGUGGCAACGCGAUGAUGGCGGUGCGGGUCGGGCAGUACAAGGCACACUAUUGGACGUGGAGCAACUCGUGGGAGGAGUUUAACCAGGGCAUUAACUUCUGUCCCGGACAAGAGGUGACUGAUGUGACAACUCACGAGCAAAUGGAGCACACCCUGCAGCCAAUCAUCUUCCACCUGGGGCGGGACCCCGGGGAGAAGUACCCAAUCAGUGUUUUGAACGCAGAGUACCAGGCUGUCCUGCGCCAGAUCUCUCCUGUAGUCCAGCAGCACAAGGCUGGGCUGGUGCCAGGAGUUCCCCAGCUCAACAUGUGUGACCUGGCUGUGAUGAACUGGGCCCCGGCCGGCUGUGAGCGGAUGGGAAAGUGUCUGAAAGCCCCCAAGUCGCAACCCUGGAAGUGCGAAUGGCCACACUGACUUCACGGUCAGCUGAUGCGGUGGAGCCAAUCAACACUCAGAAAACCGUGGGUGGGGGGGGUUUACUUUCCUCUUCGUUCAGUAAUGUUAAAUUAAUGAUGAUUUUUUUUUGCUCCUUUUUUAUCGUUGAUUUAUCGCGUGGUUUAUUUUUGAGCCAGGUAGGCUCAAUGACUUGGAUGAUCCAUCCAGGCAUCUUUAGAAAUUGUAAAAAAAUCUUUUGAAAAAUCAGCUAGGCUAAUCUGCACUAAAGAAUGCAAGAAUUUAUCUGAAAAAGAUUUUGCGGGACUAUAUGAAGAGAAGAGUGCCUGCACAAGGGAAUAUUGCAAUGAUGUUGUUUUUUUGGCGACACAAAGCCUCAAUGAAUAGCAAUUUGAGCCUUUAGAAACAAGCAUGUCUGAUGUGUGGAACUUCUGGUGCACUAAUCUGCUUCUUGGAGAAUGUUUUUUGCCAUCCCUGCAAUGGCGAAGGUCUAUUGAUCCUGAUAUCAAUAUAAAGAGCAAUGAUCAAGGGUUUUACUGCCAAAGUGCCUUUUAACUUGUUCAGUACUUGUUUGGAAAGUUUCUACUUUUGAGGGGUUUCUUUUUUCACUUUUUUACUAAAUGUUUUUUUAACUGGAAACGUGAGUGAUCAGGGUAACAUAUUUAUAAGGUUUACUGAAUAUAUGCUGUACAUGAAGGAACUGCAGAGAGAAACCGCACAGAUCUGAUUGUGGAGAUUAUUUUAUUCACGCACGGUGUAAUGGCAAUAAAAGAUGGCAUUAUGGUGUUUUGGUUUUUCACUUGUUUCAUGGCGCGAAUAUGCACAUGCAUCCUGUCUGACUUUUUUUAAAUAAAGUUAUUACAAUUAA